CCCGCUCGCGCUCUCUCUCUACAUCUUGUGCCGCUUCAGUCCGUUCCCUCUUUCUUUUCUCCCCCUCUUCGUCACCUCUCGUCUCUGCACUCAUCCUCCCCUGCCCAUCUCCUUUCAUUUGCUCGUAUCCUCUCCUCCAUCUCUCCGUUUCGUCUUUUUUUGUAUCUCCCCUCAUCGAUAGGAGCGCGUCCCUCUCCUCGUCCUUUCCUCGUUUGCCAAAUCCUGAAGGCAGACCUCUCUUAUUCUAUCUCUCUCACCGUCCCUCCCCCUUCCUCUUUACGUUCCCCCCUCCCUCCCUCCCUCCAUACUCUAUUUUCCUCAAUGCUUAAGUCAGUCAAAAGAGAUACACUGAAGAAAAGAGGGGCGAACGGCGGGCGCUGAGAGAGAGAAAGAGAGAAGGAGAGAAGCUGGAGGGAGAGAGGGGAGAGGGGGGAACGGGGGUUUGGAUACAUCUCCACCUGUCUUCUCUCUGCCAUGGACUGCCUCUGCAUAGUGACCACAAAGAAAUAUCGGUAUCAGGAUGAAGAGACUCCGCCCCUGGAGCACAGCCCCGCCCACCUGGCUCACAGCAAGAGCGCUGAGAUGCUUCACAUGAGCGAUAAGAACCUGGCUGCCAUGGACACCAUGCACAGUUACGCCCCACACACACACAUCUCACCCAUAAAGCCAGUGUUGCUGUCCUCUGGUCAAACCCCUCUGUACACCUCUGCGGUCUCCACGCUGGCGAACUCUCCACCAGUAGUGGUAAAUACAGACACGCUGGAUGGCUCACCUUAUGUCAAUGGAGCAGAAGGAGAGAUUGAAUAUGAAGAGAUUACGCUGGAAAGGGGGAACUCUGGGCUUGGCUUCAGUAUCGCUGGAGGGACUGAUAACCCUCAUGUCGGAGACGACCCCAGCAUCUUCAUCACCAAGAUCAUUCCAGGAGGAGCCGCCGCACAAGACGGGAGACUCAGAGUAAAUGACAGCAUUCUCUUCGUGAAUGACGUUGAUGUUCGGGAGGUGACCCACAGUCAGGCGGUGGAGGCUCUGAAGGAGGCGGGCGCUAUCGUCAGACUCUAUGUGUUACGCAGGAAACCCGUCGCUGAGAAAGUCACCGAAAUCAAGCUCAUUAAAGGGCCAAAAGGGCUAGGCUUCAGUAUAGCGGGUGGUGUGGGGAACCAGCACAUCCCUGGAGACAACAGCAUUUAUGUCACAAAGAUCAUCGAGGGAGGAGCGGCACAUAAGGACGGACGACUACAGAUCGGUGAUAAGAUACUGGCGGUGAAUAAUGUGUGUCUGGAGGACGUGAUGCAUGAGGACGCGGUGGGCGCGCUAAAGAACACAGCAGAGGUGGUCUACCUCAGAGUGGCAAAGCCAAACAACCUGUACCUUACCAACAACUACAACCCACCAGACCUCACAAGUACGUACUCUCCGCAUCUGGACACGGACCUUGGACAUCCAAACUUCCUGGCCUCGGAUUACCCACAAGCCCUCACUCCCACCUCACCAAGCCGCUUUUCUCCUGUGCUGCAUGGCUUGAUGGGAGAUGACGACUUACCCAGGGACCCGAGGCGUGUUGUGAUCCACAGAGGAUCGACGGGUUUGGGCUUUAAUAUAGUUGGAGGGGAGGAUGGAGAGGGAAUAUUCAUCUCUUUCAUCCUGGCAGGAGGCCCUGCGGACCUGAGCGGAGAACUGCGCAAAGGAGACCAGAUCUUGAGUGUGAAUGGCGUGGAUCUGCGGGCAGCUACACAUGAACAAGCAGCAGCUGCCUUGAAAAAUGCAGGACAGACUGUGACCAUCAUCGCUCAGUACAGACCAGAAGAGUACAGUCGAUUUGAAGCUAAAAUUCAUGAUCUCAGAGAGCAGUUGAUGAACAGCAGUAUGGGCUCUGGAACAACUACAUUACGAAGUAACCCCAAACGAGGAUUUUAUAUCAGGGCUCUGUUUGACUAUGAUAAGACAGCAGACUGUGGUUUCCUGAGUCAGGCCGUGGGCUUUAAGUUUGGAGAUGUGCUGCAUGUUUUGGACUGUGGAGAUGAGGAGUGGUGGCAGGCCUGCCGAGUCAGCCCACAGGGGGAUGAGGAAGAGGUCGGCUUCAUCCCCAGCAAGAGGAGGGUUGAGAGAAAAGAGUGGUCGCGGUUGAAGUCAAAAGAAAGGGACCGAAGUCGAGACAGCACAGGUUCACAGGGACGAGAAGAGCCAGUACGGAGUUACGAGACAGUUGCACAAGUGGAAGUGCACUACGCGAGGCCCAUCAUUAUUCUGGGCCCGGUGAAGGACAGAGUGAAUGAUGACCUGCUGUCUGAGUUCCCAGACAAGUUUGGCUCCUGUGUUCCUCAUACGACACGACCCAAGCGGGAGUAUGAGGUGGAUGGGCGGGACUACCAUUUUGUGUCUUCGCGGGAACAGAUGGAGAAGGACAUUCAGAACCAUCGUUUCAUCGAGGCGGGCCAAUACAACAGCCAUCUGUACGGAACCAGCGUUCAGAGCGUCCGAGAGGUGGCCGAACAGCAGGGCAAGCACUGUAUUCUGGAUGUGUCCGCAAAUGCGGUUCGUAGGCUACAGGCUGCACAGCUCCACCCGAUCGCCAUCUUCGUACGGCCCAAAUCACUGGAGAACGUCCUAGAGAUCAACACACGUCUGACUGAGGAACAAGCCAGGAAAGGUAUGGACCGCGCUAUUAAACUGGAACAAGAUUUCCUGGAGUGCUUCUCUGCGAUCGUGGAGGGCGACAGCUUCGAGGAGGUUUACCACAAGGUGAAAACUGUGAUCGAGGAGCAGUCAGGGCCUUAUAUCUGGAUUCCCACCAGGGAGCGUCUGUGAGAGUCCACCCAGAGCCGAACCACCUCGCCCAGUCACCAUUUGGCCUGCCUGCCCUGGACUGAGGAGCUCCGACUCGUCGAGCUCACGAGAAACAGACAGAGAGAGAGAGGGAGAGAUGGAGAGAGCGAAAGCGAGGGAGAGAAGUCACAGAGACGCCGGCAAAUGAUGGAGCGGAACAGCAACAGGAGCUGGCCACACCGCAUCUGCCUCUCUUACCCUCCUCCGUUUCCUAGCUUUGUAACUUCCUGCUUUUUCUCUGCCUUUCUCUCGGUCCUUCUCUGUUUCUUUCUGGCUUUCUCUCUGAAUAACGUCCUUUCACGCAGGACUGGUGAGCUGUUUUUACUCUGUCACGAACUGGGAUGCUACAAGGAAAUUUUGUAUAUUGUCCGAUUCCCUCUCGCUCUCUCCGGAGAGAGACGAGCGACCGCCUUGGCUUUUACUGGAAUGAGACGUUUCGAGAGCUGUUCCUGAUUAAAGGAGCUCGAUUUACAAUACUAAAGGCGAAUCGAACUGAAAUACGAAAGUAUAUUUAUCAGUAUCAAUAAUGCGCUGAAUUCUUCAAUAUCAAAGAUAUUACGACUACUCAGAGACUGACGUUCACUCACACUUAUCAGCAUCAAGGGCGUCGAAUUCCUUUCAGAAAUUUGAAGUGCUUGACGCGUGCUUCCCGAAAGCCAGGAAGCGCCGAGCCGGCGACUCUAAAACGUUUGCCUCAGUCCUUCGAAUGUUCCCCUCAAAUAGUUCGCAGCUAGUUCAGCACACCGAAUGGGUGAUUAAGGAAGGGAAACGGCAAGACGCAGACUGCGACUUGGGCUCUGCGCACCACAGAAAGCCACACGCUCUAUAUUCCGGGGGCUGUUUUCUGUUGAUUUUCUCGCGCUUACACGUAAACAUGCACAGUUAGACACACGCCAACAUAGAUUUUGUAACGUUUGCCUUCUUCUAUCUGGAUCUUCUUGCAACAGCCAGAUUGAUGUUUUCCUUUGAGCUGAAAUUUAUUUGCUCGGCUGGAUUAUUUCCCCGAGCGCCGCGGCUCUCAAACACAAUGACUCCAGGCUGCUCUUUAAUGUGCAAUAUCGGGCUCUUCCAUAAUCUUCUCGUAAUGGAACGAAUUUUAGCCAUGCUUAGAUCUUGAAAUUAUCAAACCGCUUCAAAUGUAAUACGUUUGCCUUUUUUUUUUUUACAUGCCCGUUGGAUUUCAGUUCGAUUUAGAUCACACUUGUGACGAGUGGCUACGUUCACACCGCAAUCCAGUUGAACUAAAUAUCUAUAUAAAAUUAUUUAUUUAUUUAAAUGCAUUUCUAAAUAUAUAUAUAUAUUCAGAAAUUAUAUUGGGAGUAUUUAUUAAUUAUUUAUUUAUUAUUUAUGAACACCUCGCCAUCAUGCCGUCGGAUUUGUUUUCACUGUCCUCUGUCUUUUCCUCAGCUAAGGUAAAUCAAGUAUCAUAUUCUGAUGAGUAGUAGCUUAUUUUGAUGAAAUAUAUCUUAAAAAUGAUUUAAAUCUUAAACAUUUCAUUGUAUAAUAGUAGAUGUUUUGUUAGUGGCCUUUCUUUCGUGUCACAGCUCAGGAUAGUUGCUAGUGAAGGCUUUGGGAUGGUCAGAAAAUACAACGCAAACUCACGGCAAAUUCAUAACUGUUUUGGUGAAUCGGUGGCUAAUUCGUAUGAGUUUGUACGGUUUAGGGUUAAAGCUUCAUGCUUUUUUCUAAAAACCGUACGUUUUUGUACAAAAUGCAACGUGUGAAUUCAUACUAAAUCGCCACCUUAAACUAGUUAUGUUUUCUCAUGAGAUCAGGUUGGAAAAACAGGAACGUCAAGACGGAUCGGAGUUGAAUUCAGUGUUAUUUUUCCCCAUUCGGCUGCAAUGUGAACGUAGCCUUGUGAACUGGCCUCAGCCCGUCUCUGAACUCUCCGAACACACACACUUACACACUUACACACUUACACACACACGAAUACUAUCAGGAAAACGAUGUAUUGUAUGAUGUUUUUUUAUGCUGUGUAUCAGAUUCUAAUUAACUCUUGUAAUCAAACCAAUGAGGCUACAUUGAUGCAUCUCAAUGGCCGGUCAGUGGACAUCAUCGCAGCAGUUAAUUGGCGGGUCGAUGAUGUUGCCGUCACCGAAGUGAAGAGGAGCAGGACUUAAUGAUGCUGGAGUUUUAUUGGAAUACGAUCGUGGGUUCAGUAUGUUUGAUGAGGUAAAUUAAUGGCUGUAAUGCCAGAGAAUAAUCAGCUUAGCUAGCUAAGUCCAACAAUCUAAGCCUGCCUUCAACUAAUUAGAGCGAAACUCCCUUCUCAGAGCGAAACGCUCAUUUGUAAACAGUUUUACCCAGAAUUCUGCGCGGGUUGACAAAGCGCCCACUUCAACCCUGGCCGACAUGAGAACGGCAGAAUGAUAAAUUGGCUUUUUUACCCUUUUGUGCCGUGACAGCGAUGCAGUAAAAAUCGAUACGGUGCUUUGAGCUCAGAGGGCGUCAUAUUCAAAGUCUAAAGUGAGGAUGAAAA